CUCGCGGAAAGCGGCAACGGGAACGACAAUUUCGACGACCAACGGCGGGCAGAAGCGCAGGAACGGUGGCGCGUGUACGGUGAUUUACGGGACCUGGCAGCGAUGGUGUCCCACGGACAGCAGGUAUCCAAACGAAAGCAUGCGUCCCUGCGAGAAGGAGGGUUGUACCUGGGAUAGGCUCAAGGAGCUGAUCCACGAGAAGUACUACCCCACUUAUUACAGAGCAGAGAUGGAGCGUCAGUUUCUGUCGCUCAAGCAGGGUACUCGGUCUGUUGACGAGUACGAGAGAGAGUUUACCCGACUUGCAGCUUUUGUUCUGGACCUGGUUCGUACGGAGGCACAGAGGGCACAACGCUUCAUCGACGGGCUUUACCUAGUAGUCCGUCACAACAUUGUAGGUAACGGGACCCAGACCUAUGCUCGUGCCGUUUCGAUUGCCCAGGAGGUGGGCGCCAGCAUCCGGAGGGAGGCCAACCGCGAUCGUUCUCAGCCAUCCGCCCCCGUCCAGUCAUCCACAGCUCCACCAGCCCUACCAGCUGCCCGCCGACGAAAGAGAAGAAGAGGAAGGGGAAGGGUGGCCAGACUGACAGGAGGACCCGAUAGAGACAGCAGCAUGUUCCACC